UUUUUUUUUUUCUUCCUGAAAGACAUCUCGCACAUCCCAGUACAUUUUCCCCCCAAACCAAUAAUCUUUCGCAGGGACAUGGGCCGUGCCUGCUGUCGGUGCAUGCAGUCAGUGUACGUGUGAACACAGGAACACACAGUCUUUCUCCCGCCGGGUACCAGAGCAGAGACGGCUCUCGUUGGCUGCAUCUGCUGUCCAUCACACCGCCGGGCGUGCGGGGCCGCGCAGCCCUCCCCAGCCCAGAGGAGCAAAUGUGCUCGGUGUGGAGGCAUCGGCCCUUCUCCAUGGAAAGAAACGCCGCACUUAAGUUGUUCGUUCUGUUCUCGUGUCUGGGCUUCGCAGCAGCUGUGGAACAGACGCUAGCCACAGUGGAUGGCAGUUCACAUGUAGUUUCAGAUCAAGAUUCUCUGCAAAGAACUGGUCGACGCUAUGAUGGUGGUGUGAAGCCAAAAUUGAAUGUAAAUCAAGUGGCAAUUGCACAGGUUGUCAGCUACAACUUGAGCAGAAAGGAGCAGCUGGAAAGGCCAUCCUGGAGGCCAUUCACCCCCAGCCACUACAGCCCUCUCAAUGUCACAGUUAAUGGCAUCCCUUGCAUUCUCUUCUGGGCCAAGAGGAUCAUGAUUAAGUUUGAAAACCACACACAGCUGGAUUUGACAGAGAAGACAUUUGGUGUCCAUGCAACAGUGGAUGUUGGAGAUUCAAACUGCAGUGAAGACAAUGCAAUGCUUUCUCUGAAGUUUGGUGAUAUUGGAAAUCUAAAGGGUCUUGUUAUUAGAUUGUUACUAACAACCAGCUAUUACCAGCUGUCUGUUCAGAAUUGGUUCAGCUUACAGAGACUGCAGCUUCUUUACAACCACUCUGUACAAGCAACAUUUAAUGCAACAAGAAUAUAUGCACCAGCAAGUUACUCCUUCCACUGUGAACACGUGAGCAGCUUGCAGAGAUAUGAUGCCCUCCUGAUACCGAGCUCUGCAAAUGAUGUUUCAAAGCUCUGGGAAGUUACUUUCAUUGAUUUCCAGAUUCAAGGUUUUAACAUUCAAGAAGGACAUUUUGCCUAUGCCAAAGAUUGUGCAUCCUUUUUCUCUCCAGCAAUUCUUAUGGGGUUGGUUAUGUCGCUGAUUCUGCUGCUGGUUCUCGCCUAUACUCUUCAUAUGUUGAUCCACCUGAAAUCUCUUGACAGGCAUCAAGAGUGCAAAGCUUCUCCUGCUUAUUUUGCACAAAUGAAAGACAGUGACAUGGCAGAUGAGAAAGAGCCACUGAGAAGUAGUGGAAAUGAAUCCUAUGAACUUAGAAGCCAGCAGUUUUGUAAAAUCUAUAUUUAGCAGUGUGUUAUCUGUCUCAGUGGAACAAUGAAAGUGGUAUUUUUUUUUCUACUGGCCUCGUUCUGUGUAGUUUGUGCAAAUUUUUCACCAACCAAUGAAAAGAAAAAUAGAUAAUAGGCUGUUUAUUUAAUUUAUCUUGUUAUUUAUUGAUAGCCAUCUCAAAGUUUCCUUUGAAAGCAGGACAAGAGAAAAAGAUUCCAGUGUGAGUAACAGAUACAGUGUGAUAGGAGUUUAUUAUGGUAGUACAAGACCAAAAUGCAUACCUUUGCAGCCAGCUUACUGAUUUCUGAAGAGAAGAAUCACUGAUGGAAUUUUUUUGAAGUUAAA